UUAUGGUAUUAGUAAAUAAUGAACAAGCUUUAGUAAAUUAUCAAAUUGAUGAUGAUGAUUCACAAGCAUGUGAGGAACUAUAUGCUCAUCUUAUAGAAAUAACAGGAAAAACACUUGAAAUUCUCAAAGACCAACAAAAUAAGAAGAAUUAUAAGUGGGUAAAAAAUAUUAAGAAGAAUUUUAACUCAAUUGAACAAAUAACAUCUGAAAUUGCAUCAUUUAAGCAGAGAAGAACAAUGUCUUGCACAUUUAAAGAUCAUUUACAUAAUACUUUAUUUUUUAACUAA